AUGUUAGAGAAUCGCUCGUUAACAUCGGCUGCUGAGGACCAGGAACCAUUGGGAGUUGAUCAACUCAUCAAGCCUGAUCCUAGACUCUUUGACGCAGCUGCAGAGCUCAAAAGAGCGCUCGGGAAGAGUUUCAAGAUGGAGGCAUCAGCAUCGAGUUCAAAUCGUUCUCAUCGCAAAGCUGGUGGCGGUGGGAAACUCGUCAAGCAAAAGAACACAUGGCCACCGAUCAGAAGCAUAGGUUUGUCCAUGGAAGUUGAUCGAGAGGAAGGUCAAGAAAAGUGGUUCAAGUUCGUGCAUAAUGCACAUUACGAGCAGCUUGAGAGGUCUGAUUAUUUCACAAUUAUUCGACUU